AUGUCGCAACCUGCGUUGGCCGAGAGCCAAGCACUAUACCUCGAUCCAGUGUUUGUAAUGGUUCUCGUGGGCAUUCUUAGACAUCAAAUAACACUCCUCCUUUCCGGCUCACCCAAGAAACCUACCUGCAAAGCCAUCCGUGAAACAAAAGCUCUCCAACGUGGCGUGAUUCUUCGCACGUACGGGAACAACGUUCCGCCGUCGGCAUUUUCGUCGCGAAAGACAAUCUUGACGCAGGCUUACGAGCGAGGCGUGUAUCUGAAGAACCCAGGGCAGGCAAACACGCCAGUUAAUCCAAUGACAGAUCCGCAAGGAAUGGAAAUGAUGAUGGAAGGCAUGAAGAAAAACAUGGCCAUGAUCAUACCACAGACUAUUAUCAUGGGAUGGAUUAAUUUCUUCUUUUCUGGGUUUGUGUUGAUAAAAUUACCAUUUCCGUUGACGGUUCGCUUCAAAACCAUGCUCCAACGGGGUGUCGAAACACCCGAUAUGGACGUAACCUGGGUCUCCUCUCUAUCCUGGUACUUCCUUAAUCUCUUUGGUCUUCGUCCCGUCUACACUCUACUCCUCGGCGAAGAUAACUCUGCUGAUGGUAUGCGGGACAUGGCCGCAAUGUCUACCAUGGGAAUGACACAAACAGGACAGCCACAAGAUUUCAACAAGUUGUUUCAGACGGAAAAGGAGAAUUUACAGCUCACGCCGCACGAGUGGGAAUUGGAUGAAAUCGAGAAUAGGCUUUUGGUAAAAUACGGGAAGAGAGUAGAAUCGAUUAAAGAGGUGAAAAAAGAGGAAUCGAUUAAAGUGAAGAAAGAAGAAGGCAGUGAAAAAGAAAAGGAAUCUGGGCUGGAAGGAAGAGGCAAGCGGAGGAAAGGGCAAAAACGAGAUUGA